AUAAUACAUAUAAAUUACGGCAAUAUUGCUAUCAGAAUUUGUAGUAUAAUUCCUAUAAAUUGUAAUUACUCUUCUAAUAUUUUGUCCGUUGAUUAUGUUGAUUUUAAUUCAAAUCUUAACUACACUAACCCUGAACCAAAGCAAUGCGAAACAACUGGGCCUAUAAUAAAUAGUUAUGUCCCUCAUAUUUGUAAAAAUGGCGGUGAAAGUUAUUACUAUACUUUCGAUUACCUGAUGGAGAAUAGAAUAGUAAUAAUUCCCAAUAUCACUGAAGCUUAUUUAGAUGGUUUUAAAAUAGACAAAGUUUAUCCAUCUUCUGGCUUUAAUUUGAUUUCUAUUAUUCCUUUAUUUAUUCUGAAUGAGCAAGCUGUAAUCGUAUAUUAUUCACCUAUAAUCAACAAACGUAUAUUUAGCAAGUAUGUUUACGGUCUUGUGGGUGGAUUGGAAGAAGAAUUCGUUGAUUUUAAUGCACAUACUGAUCAUAUAUUAACAAAUUUAUCAACCCCAAAUACAACAAUGCUUAUAUUAAGACCAGUAUCAAAAGAUAUUUUGUAUCAAGAGGAAUUUUAUUAUGAUCUUGCCUCGAUUUUAUCAAGCAUCGGUGGAUUAUUUAGCUUUUUGUCAGGCGUCUUCGUAUUUUUAUUUGGAGCAACUAAGUUAGCGCCAUGGGGAUUUUUGCAAACAUAUGUGUUUAAUUAUUUAUGUACAGAAUAUCGAAGAAAACUUGUAAGGAAACUUAAAAAUAAAUACAAACCAAUUCCAUUCAUUAGUGGAAGGACCAAAAAUGUUACAUUGGAAGAACGCGUUCAAAAUAUUGAAAAUAUGCUUAAAGAAUAUUAUCUUGAUACUGAUUUUUUGAAUUUAUUAGUAGAAGACAAUAAUAAAGUCAAUGAUAAAGCUGACAAUAAAGUUUAGAUAGUAUAGAUUUCUUGAUAUU